GGCCCGCCCGACUUAAUGGAUCCAAGCUUCCAGCAAAAACUGGAGGGUGAGAAGGAGCUACUUCGUCGCGCUAUACAGAAAGAACUGAAAAUUAAAGAGGGAGCAGAAAACCUGCGCAAAGCGACAACAGACAGAAAGAAUCUUGUUCAUAUAGAGCAUGUGCUGAAAUCUUCCAACCGAAAACUGGAGCAACUGCAUUGGGAACUUCAGGAGCUUAAUGCAAGGAUUGUAAUAACAGACAAAGAGGAGAGUAAGACAGAUGGAUCUGUAUCUCCAGAUCCUUGCCUCUGGGAAAGAAACCCAGACCCCAUGGCAAGGAAGGUUGAAGCUCUGAAAAAGCAGCUUCAUGUUGAAAUGAAAGUGAAACAAGGAGCUGAGAACAUGAUCCAAAUGUAUUCAACAUCCAAGGAGCGGAAGCUGCUGGCUACAGCUCAACAGAUGCUUCAGGACAGCAAGACAAAGAUUGAAAUAAUACGCAUGCACAUUGUGAAAGUAUCUCAGUCAGCAGGAGGGAUGGAAGAUACAGUGGAUCCAGCAGUGAGAAUGGGGACCACCAUCAGUGCUUUGGAGCUGCGUAUUGAGGAGCUGAGACAUCACCUGCGCAUUGAAGCUGCUGUAGCUGAGGGGGCAAAAAAUGUGCUGAAGAUCCUAGGAGGGAGUCGGGUACAGGAUCGCAAGUUUUUGGCUGAGGCUCAGGGUUGUUUGCAAGAGUCCUCUCAGAAGAUUGACCUGCUGCGCUUGUCCUUGGAACAUCAGCUUACUGAGCUUUCUCCUGAUCACCCAAAAAGAGCACUCAUCAAGCAGGAACUGGUAAAUACUUCCUCCCUGGGAGCUCAGCAUGGCAGCAUCCAACCCACUUCAGUCAUCAAACCUACAGCCCUUACAGGAACAUUGGAAGUGAGACUGAUGGGGUGUCAGGAUUUAUUGGAAAAUGUUCCAGGACGUUCCCGAAUGACUAGUUCUUCUCCCAUCUGUGGCAGCCCAAGUGAUUUGAGGUCCCUUUCCCGAACACGAGUUGGCCGUAGUGUUGCAGGAAAGUACCUGCGGAAUGAAGAGCCUUGUAACGAGGUCCUUGCUGUGCUCAAAGUGGACAAUAAAGUGGUUGGCCAAACAAACUGGGGACCAGUUAAUAACCAGGCAUGGGACCAGAGCUUUGUCGUUGAGCUGGACCGGUCUCGUGAGCUCGAAAUUGCAAUUUAUUGGAGAGACUGGAGAGAACUAUGUGCAGUGAAGUUUUUACGUUUGGAUGAUUUCCUUGAUAAUGAACGUCAUGGGAUGUGCCUCUCACUCGAACCCCAAGGAAUGCUUUUUGCAGAGGUGAUGUUCUGUAAUCCUGUCAUUGAGAGAAAGCCAAAACUGCAGCGACAGAAACGCAUUUUCCCCAAACAGAAAGGAAAAGAAUUUCUCCGAGCUCCUCAAAUGAACAUAAAUGUUGCUGCUUGGGGUCGCCUGAUGAUGAGUUUCCUCCCUCCGUGUAGUUCCAUGAGUGCUCUGAGUCCCCCACUUCAUGAUCCCAUUCACACAAACUUCUCUCCUGUUCCCCCACAAAGUCAUGUUGAUUCAGUGUCCAAAUUGAGUAGUGACUUCCCUGUGGCUGAGCUUACACUUGCUGAUGAAGCACCACCCAAGCCUCCACGCCUUUUUCUGAUGGCCAAUUCCAAAGAAUCAACAUUGUCUCCUGCAGAUUCUCCGUGUCUGAAGAGGCUGCAUGUUGAGAAGUCUUGCAGCUCUACUCUAACAGAAUUUCCAAUCCAAGCAUCUCCGAGGAAAAGGACAGUUCAGCUUGAGGAUUUUCACUGCAUCGCUAUGUUGGGACGUGGCCACUUUGGGAAGGUACUGUUGGCCCAAUAUAAACGAACUGGGAAGCUGUAUGCUAUCAAAGCCUUGAAGAAAAAAGAUAUUAUUAGGAGAGAUGAAAUUGAUAGCUUGAACUGUGAGAAGCGAAUAUUUGAGGUGGUCAAUUCUUCUGAUCAUCCGUUCCUUGUGAACAUGUUUGCAUGUUUCCAGACACCUCAUCAUGCUUGUUUCGUGAUGGAAUAUACUCCAGGUGGUGAUCUUAUGAUGCGCAUACAUGAAGAUGUCUUUUCGGAGCAUGUGGCACAGUUUUAUACAGCCUGCGUAGUCUUGGGGCUCCAGUUCUUGCAUGAGAAGAAAAUUGUUUAUAGGGACCUGAAACUGGAUAAUCUGCUUUUAGAUGCUGAAGGAUUUGUGAAGAUCGCAGAUUUUGGAUUGUGUAAGGAAGGAAUAGGCUUUGGAGACCGCACAAACACCUUCUGUGGUACCCCUGAAUUUCUGGCUCCAGAAGUCCUGACGGACAUCUCAUACACUCGAGCAGUAGACUGGUGGGGUUUGGGUGUACUCAUUUAUGAGAUGCUUGUUGGUGAGUCACCGUUCCCUGGAGAUGAUGAGGAAGAAGUCUUUGACAGUAUUGUCAACGAUGAAGUCCGGUAUCCACGAUUCCUUUCAUCUGAGGCACUGUCUAUAAUCCGCAAGCUUCUUCGGAAAUGUCCAGAGCGUAGACUGGGAGCAGGGGAAAAAGAUGCAGAAGAGAUUAAAAUCCAGGCCUUUUUUAAGGAAAUUGACUGGGAUGCCUUGCUUGCCAGGACUCUGAAGCCCCCUUUUGUGCCCACUUUAAGAGAUCCAACUGACAUUAGCAACUUUGAUGAAGAGUUUACAUCACAAAAGCCAAUCCUUACUCCUCCAGAGGAGGUUGCUUUCCUAACCCGUAAGGAGCAGACUAUCUUCAAGGACUUUGACUUUGUCUCCAGACACCUUUUAGAUGUUUGA